CGCAACGUACCGAUGUGCGGCUCCAUUUUUCCUUGCGCCCCAACAACCUCAACGGCAGGCAACAGCGCAGGCCCAAGCCCAACCCGUCCGUCCAGAGCACUGAGAGGGGUCCACGACCUGACCUAGCCGUGUAAGCUCCCGUCCCCUAGCAGCAGUAGGCCUCUCCUCCUUCCAUCAGCCAGCGAUCCAGGUGGACACAUUCCCGUUACCUCUAGGUACAGAAGUUCGGAUCGAAUCAUAGUCCAGUCUCUGGGUGUAUAACGAAGUAUCAAACUGUAGUAGUACCAUACCAUACCUCUACUCACCAUACUUGGUAAUAAUCCCAACGGCUUACCGGGAAGAGGGGGAGCUUCACUAGGUACCUACCUUACCUCUAGCACACAACUCCUCUAGACUACACUAGAGCUUGACCGACCAAAGGCUUGGUUGGGUCCUGGUUGCCGCCAUCCAUUACCUACCUAUCCAGGCGACUCCCGCCAAGCUGCGCAAUCUGGCCCCAAUACCUCCUCGGUCUCUUCAGUCUCGUCAGUCUCCUCAUCCACCACUCAACACGUCCCGACUCCCCGAGAACGCCGGCAACAUGGAGGCGGCGUCUGCCCGCUAUGCCACGCGCGACCGGUGGGCCGAGAUGGGCCGCCCGGCCCCGUCCCAGCUUCAGCGCUUCAUCACGGCCGCCUGCAGUCCCGACAACUACGAACCCAACUUGGCCCUGAACCUCGAGAUCGCCGACUUGAUCAACUCCAAGAAGGGUUCCGCCCCUCGAGAGGCCGCCGUGGCCAUCGUCAACUACAUAAACAACCGCAACCCCAACGUUUCGCUGCUGGCCCUCAACCUGCUCGACAUCUGCGUCAAGAACUGCGGCUACCCCUUCCACCUCCAGAUCAGCACAAAGGAGUUUCUCAAUGAGCUGGUACGCCGCUUUCCCGAGCGGCCCCCGAUUCGCCCCACCCGUGUCCAGCUCAAGAUCCUCGAAGCCAUUGAGGAGUGGCGCUGUACGAUUUGCGAAACGAGCAGAUAUAAAGAGGACUUGGGCUUCAUCAGGGACAUGCACCGCUUGCUGAGCUACAAGGGGUACACCUUCCCGGAAGUCAGAAGGGAGGAUGCUGCUGUGCUUAACCCGAGUGAUAACCUAAAAUCUGUCGAGGAAAUGGAAGAGGAGGAACGCGAGGCGCAGUCCGCCAAGCUGCAGGAGCUUAUCCGUCGAGGUACUCCCGAGGACCUCCAGGAGGCUAAUCGACUCAUGAAGGUCAUGGCUGGCUAUGACACGAGAUCCAAGGUGGAUUACCGCGCCAAGGCGGCCGAGGACGUGGGCAAAAUCCAACAAAAAGCGAGACUUCUCGAGGAGCGGUUAGAAGCCUUUCAACCCGGCGACAAGAUCGUGGAUGGCGAUGUGUUUUCCGAGCUCGCAGCCGCCCUGUCUAGCGCCCAACCAAAGAUCCAGAAGAUGUGCGAGGAAGAAUCAGACGACCAUGAAGCAGUCGCAAAACUUCUCGAAAUCAACGACAGCAUACACCGAACUGUGGAGAGAUAUAGGUUGCUGAAGAAGGGCGAUAUAGAGGGUGCCAAGGCAUUGGCAAGUGGCGCGCCAGUUGCAAGCACAAGCAACGGCAGUGGAAGUGGUGCUGGCAAGAGUGCGGCGCAAGAGCUGUCGCUCAUUGAUUUUGAUGCUGAGCCAAGCGGGGGGGACUCGACCAGCCAGUCCGCACCCCAGGGAGGAAACAGCCUCGACAACGACUUGCUUGGCCUGUCGCUGGGUGAAACCAGCUCUUAUGGUCAAGGAGGUGGCAUUGCCCUCGGGUUCGGUGCCAAUACGAACAUUCCUGGACCGGCACUGCUCUCAUCCACCACGCAGAACAGCACCGCACGGGGCCCCUCCCCUCAACCUGGCCCAUCCUCUUUCAACAAUUUCAACUCAUUCGCAUCACCAGUUGCUUCUCAAUCAAGCACCCCCAAGCCUCCCGCGUAUACAGCAUCCGCUUUUUCCGCGCCAGCUGCGUCGUCAACAGCGUCCAACGACCCAUUUGCUGCUCUAGCCUCUCUCUCCUCUUCAUCUACCCCGGCGCCAGCGCCAGCACCAGCUGCUACCGGUAAUGACGAUGACGAGUGGUCUUUCUCCUCGGCACUGCCUCCUGAGGCGACACCCGCCCAGCCUAAGGAGCACAGAGCCGUUGUUUCUAACACUGCGCUCAAGGUCGACAUGGUGGCUGUCAGAUCUCUGUCCAAUGGCCCAUCUCCAGCCAUUUCUAUGCAAUUUGCUUUUAGCAACAACACAGCGCAACCCAUCACCGAGGUGCAUUUCCAGUUGGCUGUCACCAAGGGAUACGAAUUGCAACUUCAGCCUCAAACAGGACGGACUCUUACCCCCAAGCAGAGCCGGGGCAUUACCCAGUCAGUCAACGUAUGGUAUACGGCGGACAAGACCAGGAAGGUAGAGAGCGUGAAACUCAGGUGGAGGGUAUCAUACAAGGUUGGAGCGGAAGCAAAGGCCGAGAUGGGUGAGAUUCCCGAGUUCAGUGUGGCAUAAGCAGGAACUUUGGUAAGAACGAGGGCCACAAGAAUGAGAACAGGGUUGCGUGCAUGUUUACGUUCAAAAUUCAUUCAUAGUAGUACAGAGCCAAUUAAUAUGUAGUGAUCCGAUGACCGGCAAGAACAACAAGAAUAUCGCUGCGGUCGACUUUUCUGUUUACUGGGAGUUGUUCGGCUGGAUCAAAGAAAGGAGACGAAGGACAUAUUAGCCACAGGUAGCUUGUCUGUCCCUUUCGUUCGGUGGAUGGCUACCUACUUACUACCUCAUACUUCAUGCCUCUUUCCUCUGAUAUGCGACCGACAUAUUGCAGGCAACCUCAGUCACUUCA